ACAAAUCUCAGUAAAAGAGCUGUUGCGCAUUUGGUGGGGGCGUGGCUAGGGUGGGGACGCUGGCGAGUGGGCUGGGCUUCGGGAGACGUACAGAGCAAUGGGUAUCCGGGUGUUUUAUAAGUGGGUUUGGGAGUUAGCUGACAUGGUGACACUAAGUCUAUUUAGUUCAUUUCAUGAACGGCUACGUAAGUAAGAGAAUUUAGACAAGAGAGCAUGAGGCAGUAAGUGAAGUGUUUUAAUCCUAGGUGCCACGCUGAUAGGCAGUAAACUUUUAAGGAGGUAACAAUUUAGGAUGGUUGAGUCGUUAGCAUUAAAAAGCUCUAACGCUCAGUAAAGCUACACAGCCUAGCAACCGCCGCCUAAAUUUUCUCGCAGUUCUCACUGGUGAGUCACCCACAGAAACAGCGUGCCCUUAGAAACUUACGUAUUUCCCACAUUCAACAGCGAUCAUACUUGAGUAGGUUAGCUAUAGCAAAUUUGUGCAGUUUAGUUUGUACUUCCUGAUUGGUGAAUGCGAAGUGACAAGACAGCCAAUGAAAGAGUAGACCUUCAAGUGCCGUUUACGUUCCUACUCGUGACGAAACACUAAAACUAAUCCAAUCCUGAAGGAAAUCUGAUUAACCUCAUUUGAAUACUGCGUAAUGUAAAUGGUUGUGGUGUAACUGGUGGCGGGAUGCUUAUUUUUCCAAAUGUUUGUUUAGGGUUCCUGUUGGAGGGAGUUAGAAUUUUGUACAAUGAAUGCCUGAGCCGGCAGAGUCGGCGCCCGCCCUACAGAAGGACUCUUUCCCUGUCACCAGGGCGCAGAAGGACAGCAAGGAGCGCCUGCUCAGCCGCAAGGAGAGCUACUCGGUGUACGUGUACAAGGUGCUGAAGCAGGUGCACCCCGACACGGGCAUCUCGUCCAAGGCCAUGGGCAUCAUGAACUUGUUCGUCAAUAGCAUCUUCGAGCUCAUAGCAUUAGAGGAGUCGGGCUGCAUUACAAAAAGCGACCGACCAUCACAUCUCAGUAGAUCCAGACGGCCAUUCGCCUGCGUGGCUCGGAGCUGGACAAGCACCAAGGCGGUCACCAAGUAAACCAGCCAAGUAGGCAUUUUCACUCUUGAUUUUUCAAAGGCUUUUCAGAGCCGUGUAUCUUUUCAACAAAUGAGUUGUGGUUUCAAGUAUCCUCAAUCUUAAAACUAUGUUCCCCCCCACCCCCAGUCUGUUGGGCAUGUGGUCAAGAUGUCUAGCCCACGUUAGCCUGUAUUUCCCAGUUCUAAGUGAAAAUUCCUCACGUCCUCCACCAUGCCCGCCUUCUCGUGCUACUUGUGUUUGUGAGAAAUCCGUGGUGCCCUGGAAAUGCGGGAAAUGGCAAUAGCUUCCAGGAGCCACAGAUUCACUGGCACAUACAAGGUCCGUAUAGUUAAUGCGCUGUCACUUACAGAUACUAAAAGUAACUAAAGGUGUCGUUUUAAGAGUGCGGCUCUCUGUUCCAGUGCUAAAGUGUCCAAGUUCCCCUUCUAGUGACUGAAUUGGUCUUAGACUCCCAAGAUUGUUCUCCCUGAGCACAAAUGAGCAUGCGCAGACAAUCUCCUUUCGCUUGGAGCUUUUCCUUUUUCUCCCCAAACUUUUUCCUUCUGUAAGGUAUGUGCUACUGAAAAGGGAUGUAAGACAGGAGUUCCCACAGAAAUGUAGGUGUUUGGGGAUGCUUGCUUUGCAAGCCAGCCAGUUUCGAUGUGACUGGGUUUGCCACUGACAGAGAUUAGGCUCUGGCAGAAGGGAAAGCAAUCUGGGAUGUUCAGGUUCUCUGUUACUGUAUCUUAGACAGUUUCUUAGUUCACGGUCAGCUUUCAGUAAGUAUGUUCUCUGGGUACCCCGCGAGGUGGCGCACCUGUGAUACCCGAGAAGGAAGAAGAAGGUUGAAUUCUGAAGGAGGAAAACCCAGGUCUGCCAGGUGUAGCUGUUUGUUUACAAGAUAGACUGGCAUCUUCCGAUUGGGGAAGAGAUGAUAGGCUGGGGAGGGGCGUGGCUAGGAGGAAAGCAAAUACAUGUCAAAAUCAAGGUAUGGGUCAGGCUGAAUUUGAAGCAAAUUGGGUGUGAUGGAGGAAGUAUGGUGAUAUUUUACUUGUGCUGAAAUGUGAUUUUAUUUGUAUGUUAAUAAAUAAAGUUGC